ACCGCGUCGGUGCCGAGCGAGCGCUUGUCGGUGCCGAGCGAGCGCUUGUCGGUGCCGCGCGAGAACGCGUCCUUGCCGAGCGAGUACGCGUCGGUGCCGCGCGAGUACGCGUCGGUGCCGCGCGAGAACGCGUCGGUGCCGCGCGAGAACGCGUCCUUGCCGAGCGAGUACGCGUCGGUGCCGAGCGAGCGCUUGUCGGUGCCGAGCGAGCGCUUGUCGGUGCCGCGCGAGUACGCGUCCUUGCCGAGCGAGUACGCGUCGGUGCCGCGCGAGUACGCGUCGGUGCCGCGCGAGAACGCGUCGGUGCCGCGCGAGUACGCAUCGUUCCCAUCGAGCCGGAGCGUGUGCGGGUUGUGGGUGGUCAGCUGA